CACCAAUACACGGGACUUCCAAGCUUCUUUUUUUCAAGACCAUGAAUUCAUCUGGGAGAGCGAAACUCGACCAAGUCACCCAGAUACUCACCAAUCUUCAAAACGACCUCAAAGCCCCCAAGCUCUCCGUCCAGCAACGGAAGCAGCUGCUCGAACAGCUCAAAGUCCACGGUCGAUCGGUCGAGAACUCGGACCCCAUAUUCACAAAGAAUGGCCUGCAAACAUUGAGUCGCUAUGCGACUGAGGAAAAAGCUUCCGCGACGUCGCAGGAAGCUCUGCGCUGCAUCGCCAAUGCCUUGCUCCUCGUACCUGCAACGCGCCAGAUUCUGGUAGACCUGGAUUUUGGCCCGUGGGCAGCGGAGAAACUGGAUAGCGAGAGCACCGACGAUGAAUUCCUCCUCUCCCGCGUCCUCUUCCUCCUGACCUACGAAACGACGCUCGACUACACGAACCUCGUCCAAGAAAACCACCUAGCAGACAACCUCAACGCAGCCAUAACACGCCAUGCGAAGCGCUAUUCGAAAUCAACGCCCCAGCACGCGCGUGGCCACACAUCACUAAUGGACCUCAUGGCGCUCUCCGAAACGCUCAAACUCCUCUUCAACAUCACACACCGCAGCCCAGACCUCAGCCCUUCCUUCUCGCCCUGCAUACCCCACAUAUUCAAGAUCCUCCUCCGACGCGGCAUCCCCACCCCACCCCUCAAAGACCCCACCAACUUCCUCAUAAACGCGCUCAUGAACCUCGACCUCGAAGACACGCAACACACCCACCCGGGGACCCAAACCGCCAUCUUCCCCUCCUUCGACCCCCCCUGCAACGCCUCGCACCUCAUCGCCAUCCUCGACAAAGCACUCACCUCGUACCCAGACCCCGAACUCGACGCCACAGUCUCCCCCCUCCUAACCCUCCUCCGCCGCAUCUACCCCCUCGCCCCACCCCCCGUCCAAACACACAUGCAAACCCUCCUACUCCCCACGCCCGCAGAGCGCAGCAAACCGCUCGGCAAAUCCGACACCUUUUUCUCGCGCCUGCUCAACUUGUCCACAUCCGCGCUGACGCCUACGCUGCGCGGAUCCAUCUCCGCGAUGCUGUUCGAGCUCUCGGAUAAAGACGCCGCGACAUUCGUGCAUAACGUCGGCUACGGAUAUGCGUCGGGCUUCCUCAUGUCGAAUAAUAUACCCAUGCCUGAGAGCGUGGCGAGGGCUAACGCGGAGACGGACGGCGUGCUGGUUAACCCCAUCACGGGACAGCGGCUGGAUCGCGAGGAUGUGGUGGAGCAGCAGCCUAUGACGCAGGAGGAGAAGGAGAGGGAGGCUGAGAGGCUGUUUGUUUUGUUUGAGAGGCUGAAGGCGACGGGCGUUAUGGAUGUGCAGAACCCUGUUGAAGAGGCGUUUCGGUCGGGGAGGAUUGAGGAGCUGGCUGAUGAUGAGGAUUGAGGGGUUGUGUAGUUGGAUGUGUGGUACAGUAUCGUGCAUGGCGUUGAGAUGAUAAUAGCAAAGGAGGUAUCAGAGGUAUCACCUGCCCCCUUUCGGGAAGUAUUGUGCAAGAAGAUGAGAAGAAUUAGAUUUUUGUUAGGUAUAUGAAGAGGAAUCUAAUCAUUGCCCG